GAAGCGGCUGAUGGGGAUGACGCCGGGCGAGCAGGAACUGGCCGAGCUGGAGUCGUAUCACACCCGGGAUCGUGGGAUCCGGGAGGCCAAGGAGAAGCAAUUGGCCGAGCUGCUGCUGGCUCGACUGGACGAGAUGCACCCCACAAUCUCCACCGACGAGGAAAAAAGCUCCGCGAUUUUCGCCGCCAUCGUGACCUACAUGAAGUACCUGGGGGUUAAAACCAAACUGGGUGAGAGCAAGAAAUCGAAAGGGAAUUUCUUCCGCAAGAAGAUGUCGGGGAGCCGGAAGCCGGAGGAGCCCCCCAAGCCGCGGAAGGGUUUCAGCCUGUUGGACGCCACGCGCUGGAACCGCGGGGAGUCGCACAAUUCUGAUUUCAGACAAAGCAAAGUCGAGGGUGAAGCGGAGAAGGCCGUGGCCCCGGAGCGGAAGGGUCUCAAGUUGUUGGAGCGCAGCGAGAGCCGGGCCAAGGGGGCUGUGUCCGGGACCCCAGGGCUUGAGCCCCCCGGAGUUUCUGUGACCGUGAACCCCCCUCCGGGGGAGGGGACCGAUGGGGAGCUGGGGUCAGAGUCCCAGUGCCCCGUGGAGCCGGGGGAGGCCCCCCCCCAGCGAGCAGCCCCCCGAGGACAGUGCUGAGAACGAGAGGUGAGUCCUGGGGGUGCGGGGGGGCCACCCUGAGGUGCCUCCCCCCCCCGCUCCGUGCUCUACAGUCCCCACCCUGUCUGUCUGUCUGUCCCCCUCUCUGCCCUUCACUCCUGCCCCUGCAUGCCCCUGCCCUGGGGACCUCACUGGGGGGCCGACUCCCCCGAGUGGUGGGCGGGGUGGGGGGUUUGACCCUGCUCCUGCUCUCACAGGAGCACCCCAGCUACUGCCCUGCCCCAUUCGUGGCCCUCCGGCUCUGGGAGGGGAGUGGGGUCUGCUGGUUGGAGGCAGGGGGAGAUGGGAGCCAGGACUCCUGGGUUCUCUCCUUGGUUUGGGGGGGAGUGGGGUCUAGUGGUUAGAGUGCCUCUGUCUGUAUCGUGUGGGGGGUCCCUCCUGGGCCAGGCAGCCCCCUCCCCCCC